AGGCCGCCGGCGCGCGCGGCCGGAGCCGUUCCCCGACGGGCAGCGGGGCGCUCGGCCGGCGCGUCUGGGCUCAGCUCGGCCACGCAGCCGUCCCCAAGUCCUCCCGGAUCUUGAGGCGUAUGGAACCUCAAGGUCUUUGUGGAAAUGGAAACCAAAAAAUUGAUUGGUAAACCGCUUCAACCAGCAAGACCUGUUCGUCAUCUGGCUUCUUCCCCAGGAACAGUGUUCCCUUUCAAUUUUCAAAAUGAAUAUGCAUGCAACACUCAGUGCUUACAAAGUGGAGUUAGCAGAUGUAAGACGAAUGGAAUGCAAACUUUUUCUCAAGGUCUUACUGAACAGCAGCAACAUCAGUCUCCAGUUAAAAAAGAGAGAAUUAAAUACAGCAGAGAUUUCCUGUUGAAGCUCUCAAGUGUUUCCAUCUGCAGAAAAAAACCAGAUUUUCUGCCUGAUCAUCCCAUUGUACUUAAAAAACCAGAAAACAACCAAAGUUUUAACUAGUGCUUUAAGAACAGAUGAAUUUGAAGAUAAAGAAUUAUUUGUUUUAUAUUUUGGACACCUGCAAAUGAAGUGGAUCUAGUAGCAAUAAAUAUAAUGGACUGUGACAAUUCAUUUUAUUUUUAAUUUUGAUGGUUGGCUAUUUGGUUUCUCCUAAAAUGAGAAAGAUAUUUUACACUAUAAAGAAUUUUCUAAUCAAUUUCAGCUUUGCAGGCAGUUUCCUGCAUAAAUUGCGAAGUAACACUGGAAAAUAGGAAUUUGGUUAGUGAACUGGGAAGAUUGUAAUUUGCAUGCUACUUGCAACAUUUGUGCUUCAUCACUUGUAAUAAUGGAAUGGACAUGUAAGCUGUAAAGAUUCUCAAAUAUAAAGCAUUUGCUACAAUGUAUAUAUGGUAUAUAAUUUCUUUUAUAGUUAAUUUUCUUUUCAAGUUGGUUCCCACUGAUUCCAUACCAGCACUUGGAUUCUUGUAGUCCCUCCAGGGCUUAGAAUGAUUCCAAAUCUUAAAUGGCUAGUUUUCAAAGACAAGAAAGAGAAUUUUUUCAGUAGGCAUUUUAAAACAUAACUAUGAUUAGUAUCUAGGUUUUUGAUAACAUAACCUCAGGUUCAUAUUUCCUAGUAGAUUGGCUAUUCGGAAACAGUGGCAGUGAAUAAAACUGAAGUGAAACUCUGCUACGCUUGACUAAUCAGACCAUAUUUCCAGUAGGAAUUGAGCAGUUACGAAAUAAAACGGAUAUCAUUUUAUAUCCGAAAGCAGAAAAGUUUAGACAUUUGCAAAUAAUUACGGUACAUUAAGUUUCAAUCAUCAAUGUGUGGAUGAAGAAUUUGGGGGGUUAAAUAUAAUUUCUAGGAAUGUUCUACAAUAAGUCUCUUCCAGUUGUCACUCUGGCUGUUGUUGCAGUAGAAAGAUUUCUUUCAGUACAAUGCCAAAAAAAAAAAAUUGCUGAUGUAAAGGUAAGUGAAAAUCCUCUCCCUGCUUCUCUUCUCCCAGAUCUCUGGGUCCACUGGCAAGGCACUUAAGGCCAACAGCUAGUACAAGUUCACCAUUUCAUUGAACUGUGAACUCCCAAAAUUAAUACCUGCUUUUUUCUUCCCUAAUUGAAUGUUGCCCAGAUUUCAAGUAUUUAUUCCAUGAUAAUUUACCCAUCUUUGCCUUUCAAGUACCUUUUAUCUGUUUUCUCAUUCUUUGUUCCCUAGGAAAAUGGGUAGUUUUUAAAAUACAAAAAAAAAAAAAAUUUAGCGACUUUAUAAAUGUAUUGUUUGUUUUCAAAUGAACUCUAUGCUUAGAGCCCAAUUGUUUGCUUUUCCCCUACUAUUUUUCUUUGACGCUUCAAUAUAUAUGUAUGCAAAUAUAUACACAUUCAAAUUG